AUGGAUUUCGUCAGCUUAACCUGCUGCUCGUUGGCCUUCCUCCUCUACUACAACACCCUCGAUGCCGGCUUCGUAUACGACGACAGGCGAGCAAUCUUGAGUAACCCCGACCUCCUACCAUCAACACCUAUUCAAAAAUUACUCGAGAACGACUUUUGGGGAACACCGCUAACAGAUAGUGGAUCGCAUGGAUCAUACAGACCUCUCUGCGUAUUGACCUUUCGGUUAAAUUACGUUUUGGGAGGAUUCCAACCAUGGGGUUACCACCUGGUGAAUGUUCUCCUUCAUUGUUUGGCUACAGCUUUAGUGGUGAGGGUGGCUAGAAAUGUUCUUCCAAAAACGAAAAGAUCAAUUGGACCAUGGGUAACAGGACUAUUGUUUGCAACUCAUCCAAUUCACACCGAAGCAGUUGCUGGAGUGGUUGGAAGAGCUGAUUUGGCCGCUUGUAACUUCUACCUCCUAUCUUUCUUGAUGUAUGCGGCCCAUAUGAAGUAUAGAGAAAGUAUUUCUUGUAACAAACACAAAUGUCUCUAUAUAAAACAUAUGCGGGAAUAUGACAAGAUUAAGCAAGCACGAGGAAAAUACAAGCUGAUGGUGAACUUCAGCACAUGUAACUGGCCAAGAAAAUUCGUUGAAAGCGAUUUUUUGAAUCAACGAAUUGAAACAAAAACGUCAUCUUGCUGCUGGUGGAAUAGAACUCUUGAAUGGGCUACGUUAUUUGGGUGUUUGACGUUAUCGUUAGCAGCGAUGUUGAGUAAAGAAACCGGUGUGACAGUGUUGGGUGUUUGUGCUCUAUACGACUAUCUUCAUUCAACUCAAACUAACAAGAAACGAAAACGGAGUCUUAUCAUCUUAGCGGCGACUGGUUUGGUUCUAUUGAUGAUUCGGUUGCAAGGUCCAACUCCGCAAUUCUCCAGGGCUGACAAUCCGACGGCAAAAGAAGUUUGGUGGUCAACACGAUUUAUGACGUUCCUGUAUCUUCCUUUAGUAAACGUUUGGUUGCUUCUCUUCCCGAAUGAUUUAAGUUUUGAUUGGGGUAUGGACGCUAUACCUAGAUUACAGAGUAUUAGGGACCCCAGAAACUUGUACAGCUUUACUUUUUACGUUUGUUUGGGAUUAUUAAUAAAACAUUGCACUUCCACAAUGCUCAACAAGAAAGAAGUAGAUCUUCCGGAAAAAUGUUUCUGUCCGGUCUGUCAUCAAACUUUUUCUGAAUUGCACACCUCUUCAUGCAGAACGACCAACAACAACAACAGCGUUAACGUCUGUUCUUGCAUGGUAAUAUCGAAAAAGCUGUAUAGAGAAAAAAGCGACAAGAAAAGCAUUCAUAGUACCCUAAUACUUUCUAUGGCCUUCCUAACACUACCCUUCCUACCAGCGACAAAUUUAUUUUUUUAUGUCGGCUUUGUCGUGGCAGAAAGGGUUUUGUACCUUCCAAGUGCGGGUUGGUGCCUAUUGUGCGGUAUUGGCGCGGUGAAAUUGUGGCAGUGCCGAAAGUACAGAGUUACUCUUUUAGUGUGUGCUAUCGCUACAGUGAUUGCCUUCAGCUGCAAGACAAUAUCUAGGAAUAGAGACUGGUAUGAUGAGGAGUCUUUGUAUAAAUCUGCCGUUAACAUCAAUCCACCAAAAGCUUAUGGAAACUUGGGCAGCGUUCUUAGUAGCAGUGGUCGAAAAGCCGAAGCUGAAAUCGCCUUCAGGAGAGCGCUUCAGUAUAGGCCUAACAUGGCGGAUGUCCACUACAAUCUGGGCGUCCUGUUACAGGGUAAAAAUCAGUUGGCCGAGGCGAUCCAGAGCUUCCGUAGAGCGAUCCAGUACCGGCCCUCUCUGGCACUGGCUUACGUCAAUUUAGGUGCAGCCUUAAUAGCAGCAGGAAGAUGCCAAGAAGCCGUUUCCGUCCUUCGGCAGGGAGCGAGGUUGGAUGGAACGGGUUUGAAAAACCGAAAAGAGCACGAGACGGCGCGCGUCGCGGCGUUACUGCAGUUGGGGGCUCUCUAUUCGGAUCAGGGGCGGCUGCAGAGGGCCCUCGCCACUUACAGAGAGGCGGCGCAUUCCCUUCCGGAACAUUACCCCCCGCAAAGCGUCUUUAAUGUCCUCGGAGAAACACUUGCUCGUUUACAGCAGGACGAAGAAGCUGAACGUUGGUAUCAGGCAGCACUUAAUGCUCAACCUGAUCAUAUUCCUGCACAUAUUACUUAUGGAAAACUUUUAGCCAAAAAUGUAAGCCGCACUGCUGAAGCGGAGCAAUGGUUCAGAAGGGCGCAAAAGCUCGCGCCAGAUGACGCCACCGUGUACCACCACUACGGGGAGUUUCUAGCUUCGAGAGGACGGUACAAAGAGGCGGCAGGACUUUACGAAAAGGCCGCAGAGCUGCGUCCGAACGACUAUGAACUAGCCGUUGCAGCCGCAACAGCUAUGCGACAAGCUGGAAGACAUUUGGACGCUGAAAGGUGGUAUAGAAGAGCUGUUUUUCUUAAACCGACCGAUGUUAGAGGUCAUACUAACUUAGGGGCCAUUUUGCACAUUAAUGGGAAGUACAAGGAAGCCGCAGAUAGUUACAAGGAAGCCCUGAAGCUCCAGCCAAACGACGUGACAACGUUAACAAAUCUGCAUAAAUUGCACAGCGUGAUGACUUGACGCGAGGACAGCAAUUGAAGGUUAUUUUAAGGACAGGGUUUUAGCAACGUUUCGUUUUUUUACGAAAAUCUCCUCCGCCGCCACCCGUUUAUUAUUACUUUUUUUAUUGUUCCCGAGGUUUGUAUCAACGAAUAACUAUUUAUGUAAAAAAAAUAAAUUAUUUCGACGUCUCCCACCUUUGUACGUGCAUGUUGUGGUAUGUGUGCUUUAUUCAAACAUUAUAAGAGGAAAAAAAACGAAAAGAAAGAACAAAUUAACAAGCGCCGAUUCGCAAAAUCCCUGGGACCAUAGCGCAAAAUCGGCCGGAAAUCUAAUGACAAUAUGUAGCGGAUUUUAAUUGUUUUGUUAUUGUAAUAACCCUUUGUUAUAAUUUUUCGUGCGACUCAUGAUUAAAAAAUAUUAUUAUGCGCAGUGAUAUGGGUUAAAUUAGGUUCGGAAAAAACAAACCCAAUCAAAAAAUUUGUCGCGAAUUGAAUUUAACCCGUUUUGUAAAACUUGUGAAUAAUUAUUGUAAAUAGGAGAGAUUAUUGUUAAUUGAUACGAACUAUAAGAGAGAAAUUGUUGAAAUCGAGUUGUAUGUAUUUAAAUAUGAAAAGAAUUCGAGUGACGAUAACCGUUUUUACCCCAACCCCGACAUAUCCAAUUUUCGAGUUCGAUGUAAAUCGCAAAAAAAAAACAUAAAGAAAUAAAAGACGAAAGGACAUAAAAUACGGUUUUAUGACAUUUAAAAAUGUUGGCUUUCAAUGGAUGAUUAUAUCUCUUUAUUAAUUAAUUAUUAAUUCUAUUAUUAUUCUAAUUAAUAAACAAAGAAUCAUGUGUAUCUACAUUAUACAUAACUAUAUAAUGACUAUAUUGUGUAAAAUAAAGCUUAAACUUAUUUUGUGUACAAUAA